CUCAAGAGAAGAUAGCCGCAAAUUGCCGUAGUCAACCUGAAACCUUAGGUAGUUACAACCGUGUAGAUGUACCGUGUGUGCCGGAAUCCAUCUCUUUAGGUAGCCUUUCGUUACGACGGUGUGCGAGGCCUCGCCCUGUACUGACCCAUGCUUAAACUGGAAUCUGACUUGACAAGAGAUGGCCAGCACAGAUGAGCCCCCCGAGAAGCACUGCUGGGUGUGUUUUGCCACAGAGAGAGAGGAUCGGGUGGCGGAGUGGGUGAGUCCGUGCAGAUGUAAGGGUUGUACCAAGUGGAUCCAUCAGUCCUGUCUGCAGCGCUGGCUGGACGAGAAGCAGAAGGAAAGCAGCGCUGGGGCUGUGAGCUGUCCGCAGUGCGGCACUGAGUACAGGGUCGUCUUCCCCAAAAUGGGCCCUCUGGUGUACUUCCUACAGCAGGUUGACAGAGUGCUGUCCAGGGUCAGUCCGUUUGCGGCGGCAGGUGUGGUGGUGGGCACCGUGUACUGGUCUGCAGUCACCUAUGGAGCUGUCACUGUGAUGCAGGUGGUGGGCCAUAAGAAGGGGCUGGAUGUGAUGGAGCGUGCAGAUCCACUGUUUCUGCUCAUGGGUCUGCCCACAAUUCCAGUCAUGCUGGUGUUGGGGAAGAUGAUUCGCUGGGAAGACUAUGUGGUUCGACUGUGGCAGAGACACUCCGCCAAACUCCCAGGGAUCAGCCGUCUGCCGCGUUUGCCCGCCGAGGGUCCGUACAGCGGCGACCAUCUCUCCGUGUCGCGGACGCUGUGUGGGGCGCUGAUUUUCCCGUCCGUCGCUAACCUGGUGGGCAGGCUACUGUUCCACAGAGUCAACUCCAACCUGCAGCGCACCAUCCUGGGUGGCAUUGCCUUUGUGGUGAUGAAGGGCAUGCUGAAGGUCUAUUUCAAACAGCAGCAGUACCUCAUUAAGGUCAACAGACGUAUCCUCAGCUACCCUGAGCACCAAGCCAGGGCCGAGCCGUCGCAGGAGAACGACCAGGAGGACAGUGGAAAUGAGUGAAGAGGACCCCCACCCCCAACACAAACACACAUACACACACACACAGCACAAUGUCUCUCACCUACAAGUUCCCAGGAAAACAGAUUACUGAAAAUCAAACUGAUAAAUUAUGUUAUUUUAACUAACAAUUACCAUUGUAGAGAUUGAUUCUGAUUGGUUGACUUUCUUUGGUUUGUACAGCCCUCCUUAUGUAACUUAAUUUCAACUGACUAUAAUAAAAUCUGUGAUAAUUAUACAUUUGAA